AUGGCGGCUGUGGCUGCAGAGGCGGCAGCGACUGCAGCGUCCCCCGGGGAGGGGGGCGCCGGCGAGGCCGAGCCGGAGAUGGAGCCCAUCCCCGGCAGCGAGGCCGGCACGGACCCCCUCCCGGUCACUGCUACUGAAGCGUCCGUGCCGGACGGCGAGGCGGACGGGCAGCAGUCCGCUCCUCAGGCCGACGACCCACCUCUCCCGCCUCCGCCGCCGCCGCCAGGGGAGCUCGCCCGCAGCCCCGAGGCAGCGGGGCCAGAGCUGGAGGCUGAGGAGAAGCUGCCCGUCCGGGUGGCGGAGCCAGAGGCAGCUGCGCCUCGUGAGGGACCCGACCUUCUCCCUUCUCCCCCGGCACAGCCGCCGGAGCGGCCCCGGUCUCCGGAGGAGAGCGAGGAGACGCCGCUGUCCCAGCCUGCAGCCCCGGGGCUGCUGCCGCCGGCGGGCGGGGACUCGGCGGUGUCGCAACUGAUUCCGGGCUCAGAGGUGCGGGUCACGCUGGACCACAUCAUUGAGGACGCGCUCGUGGUGUCGUUCCGCCUCGGGGAGAAGCUCUUCUCCGGGGUACUCAUGGAUCUGUCCAAAAGGUUUGGGCCUCACGGGAUCCCUGUGACAGUAUUUCCCAAAAGGGAAUAUAAGGAUAGACCGGAAGCCAUGCAGCUCCACAGUAACACAUUCCAGGAAGGGACAGAAAUCAAGUGCGAGGUGAACGGUGCUGUUCCUGCGGGCCCCCUGCCCGUCCCAGCUGCGGAGCUGAGCUUGGCUGGCAGCCUGUGGACUUCCAAACCACCGCCUCUCUUCCACGAAGGAGCCCCUUACCCUCCCCCUUUGUUCAUCAGGGACACAUAUAACCAAUCAAUACCUCAGCCACCUCCUCGGAAAAUUAAGCGGCCCAAGCGAAAAAUGUACAGGGAAGAACCCACUUCGAUCAUGAAUGCUAUUAAACUACGCCCCAGGCAAGUCCUCUGUGAUAAGUGUAAAAACAGUGUUGUUGCUGAAAAAAAGGAGAUUAGAAAAGGUAGUAGUGCAAGUGACUCUUCUAAAUACGAGGACAAAAAGCGGAGACAUGAAAGUGUAACUACUGUGAACAAAAAACUGAAAACUGACCAUAAGGUGGAUGGGAAAAACCAAAAUGAAAGCCAGAAACGGAACGCUGUGGUUAAGGUUUCCAGUCUUGCACACAGCAGAGGCAGAGUAGUCAAGGUGUCUGCUCAGGCGAAUACGUCAAAAGGUCAGUUAAAUGCUAAGAAAGUGCUGCAGAGCAAGAACAUGGACCACGCGAAGGCCCGGGAAGUGUUGAAAAUGGCCAAAGAAAAGGCGCAGAAGAAGCAAAGUGAAACCUCCACUUCCAAAAAUGCUCAUUCAAAAGUCCACUUCACACGGCGCUAUCAGAGCCCCAGCUCAGGUUCCCUUCCUCCCCGGGUUCGCUUGAAACCGCAGCGGUACAGGAAUGAAGAAAAUGACUCCUCUCUGAAGACGGGACUGGAGAAAAUGCGGAGUGGCAAGCCCCAGUCCCGCUGCACCUCUACCCGCUCAGCAGGUGAGGCCCCUUCCGAAAAUGCCAGGCCCUCGGCCGGCCCCCAAGAGGCCAGCAGGGAGGAGGUUCAUGUACCUGGUGAGCAGGAGGAGCCACAGCCACUGGGCAAAAAGGGCAGCAAAAGCAAUCUCUCUGUUUACAUGACCCUAAAUCAAACGAAAUCCGACUCUUCCAGUGCUUCCGUGUGUAGCAUUGAUAGCACAGAUGAUCUGAAGUCUUCCAACUCUGAGUGUAGCUCUUCUGAAAGUUUUGAUUUUCCUCCAGGCAGUGUGCACACACCUUCCACCUCCUCCACCACCUCCUCUUCAAAGGAAGAGAAAAAGCUCAGUAAUUCCUUGAAAAUGAAAAUCUUUUCCAAAAACGUCUCUAAAUGCGUCACACCAGAUGGCAGGACCAUAUGUGUAGGGGACAUUGUUUGGGCCAAGAUAUAUGGCUUUCCUUGGUGGCCAGCCCGUAUUCUCACUAUAACUGUGAGCCGGAAAGAUAAUGGCCUGUUAGUCCGGCAGGAGGCCCGGAUUUCCUGGUUUGGGUCUCCGACAACGUCCUUCCUUGCUCUUGCACAACUCUCUCCCUUCUUAGAGAACUUCCAGUCACGGUUUAAUAAGAAGAGAAAGGGCCUGUACCGUAAGGCUAUCACAGAGGCGGCCACGGCUGCCAAGCAGCUGACCCCCGAAGUGCGGGCUCUGCUGACACAGUUUGAAACGUGAGCAUGGACAGUAAGCACAAAGACAUUAGCAGGCUGCUGGUUUCAUGGACCUGUACCACAAUGACAGAGAACAUCACAGCAUCAGGACUGAAUGAAAUUGGAGAUUUUUAAAGCUGCACUAAGAAGUAAACAUUAAGGCAGUUACUUAAACCGACAGUCUCUGAAGGGGCACUGGCAGACUGCUGUUAUGCUGAGAAAAGGUAUUAGGGACUAUUUAUAACAAACUAUUGCAAUAAGUAAUGCAUGAGAUGAGGAGAAAAGUUAUGUGAAAUACACAUACGAGAACUCACUUGAAUUUUAUGUAUGAAGAAUGUGAAGUUCCUGUUAGUACGAUUUGGAAAGGCCUAAAAGGCAUGGAAUGAUGUGGAAAUGUUUAAGUAUUUUUCAUACUUAAAUUGUGUGCUUUCUCCAAGGUUUUUCAGUUCAGAUUUGAGCAAAGGUAUUUCUGAAAUGCUUGCCUGUGAAACAGCAAUAGUCAUGUGCUAAGGCCAAUGUUUCCUUCACGGUGCCAGGACACACAGGCAGGAGUUACCAUCCUGCAGCAAGGAUGGCCAAGUGCCCCAGCCCCUCGAACCCACCCCACCAACACAAUGUGGAUCUUCUCUUGGACAAAGCAGGGCUGUAUUUUGAAUAUAUGUUUGCUUGUUAGAGCAUAUUAAGAUAUAUUUAUUUGCCACUAGUAUUUAACAUUUUGUGCACAUUUGCAUUAUUACAUUCUCAUCUUUUCUCUUUUGACUCAAAGUGGAUAGGCCAAUGAUCUUGGAGUAAAAAUUAAUACUCCAAGAACUACUGAGCUGGCAAACUUGUAUUAUUGUUUCUCUCCUUACCAACUGAGCUUGUUCAGAAAGCGUGACAACGUCUGAGUUUUGAUGUGGACUGCUUCCCAGACAGCCCUUCUUCCAAAGGGAUUCUCGAAGGUUUCUGGAAGGAUGUGGGCCACUAGGGUGAGUAGCAGGAAUAGAUCCACAGGGGUAGUGUCACACGUUUUGUGCAUGAAACAAAUUCCUAGAGACCAUAAUUUUUUUUUUACAUUUGGUAAAUAUAUUAUGGAAUGUUUUCUUUUGGAAUGAAUGGAGAAAACAUGAGAAAAUCAGAUGGACUUGUUAGUACAUUUUUAAGGCUUUUUUAUAUUUGAUGGUGCUGUACUUUUAAUAAAAAAAACAGGUUUUUUAGUGGCAAUACUGAUUUAUUUUUUAAACCAGAAAGAUAAUCCAUAUUGAUUACUUAUUACAAAAAAAGAAAAAUGCCAAAAAUAAAGCUCACAGAAUUCAUUUGAAACAACAGAUCACUGAGCGUGUGGCUCAAGUGUUCAAACUUUCCAUCCUAUUGCUGUGUAACUUUGGAAUUACCUAAUUAAAGCCCCAUGCUCAGAGCUCACAAAAGGUUGUGGGCCGGAGUUUUAGAGCAUGUUGUGUAUCUGAGUAUAAUUCGUUUUACCACUCAAGAAAGGCAGGAGUCUUAUGUCCAGUCAGCUUAAUGCAAAUCCUAAUUACACAGCAAAGAAUUUAAAGUUUUGACUACAUUGCAAAUUUAUCUUUUGGGCAAGUCCAUAGCAUGAAAUCAUUUUUAUCACAUUGGAAAAAUAAGCUCAGGAACUGUAGCAGCAGGGAGUACUAAAAUGAGAUAUCCUCCAGGGGUGCCCCACUCUGCCCAGGGCUUCGGCUCGGCCGGCCCUGUUCCUCCAGCUCUACAACACCAGCAGCAUCUUUUAGCCUCACUUCAAGAACCAGGUAACUCCCAAGCCAUGGUGGAAUUAACAACACAGACCGGAUGAUCAGGAUUUUAAAAAUUAAGCUUUAUAUAAAAUUUAUCUGUGCAGAGGGAUGGAAAAAAACAAUAAUAUAAUGGCAAAGAACUGGGAGAAAUCAGACUUUAAGUAUCUGUUUUCUCUCAUGACCCAUUCUCAAAGAUGUUUUGUUAUAAAGUGAAUGUUUAUAACAAAAAACUUGGUGUUUUUUAAGGUCUACACUUACCGUAUUGCUAUUUCACUUUCAUUGCUUUAGUUGCUUAAUAUUUAAGCUUUGCUUCAUGCUACCUGUUGUCUGUAUUUCAAAUCUUCACAAGCCUAUUUUGUUUUGUAGACUUGAAUGACAAAACUUGUUUCAUUAUAAGUAUGCUCAGAGUUAAAUGUCAAAGAACGUUGUGUAACAUUUAUUCAAUAAAGUCUUUGAUUUUU